UAAUUGGCUGGCAGCGAGCUUCCUAGGGGACUUGGCCACUCGGAGGGCGCCACAGCGGCCACUCUAGCCGCUGUCCCGUGGUUUGGCCUCCCUCUUUCGGCCGCGAGCUCUAUGGUGCUGGCGACGACAUGUGGCGGCUGCCGGGACUCCUGGGCCGAGCUCUUCCUCGUCUGCUGGGACCUGGCCUUCGUGGGGUGACCCCCAAGUCCUCGAGCCCAGAUGGGCCCCAGGCUACCUCUUCCAACCUGCUGGUUCCUGUGCCCAGUUUUGACAGGUCCAGCCACCACUGCCCUGGCCCAGGCACAAGCAGGGGCCCAAAGUCCCAUGGAUGGAAGGAUGCCUUCCAGUGGAUAUCUGCUCGUGGCUCCCGGAACACAUUGUGGGAUGCCAUAUCAUGGGGCACUCUGGCCGUGUUGGCCCUGCAGCUGGCGAGGCAGAUCCACUUCCAGACAUCCCUGCCAGCAGGACCUUGGCGAGUGGAGCGCUGCUCUUGGUGCAGUCCGUUGGACCGCUUCCUCUCAUCUCCCUUGAGGCACCCUUGUUCCUCACUACGGAGGCACAUUCUGCCCAGCCCUGAUAGCCCAACUCCCAGGCACACUGGUCUCGGGGAAUGCAGGCUGGGCCAGGAUGAACCCUCCACUCAGCCUAAAAGCGUCUCUUCACCCAGCUCCUUGAGAGCAGCCAGGCAUCAGGAUCCCUCUGAGGAAGAUCCCAGUGACAUCAGCUGCCUGCAUGCCAGCAGUAGCUUCAAGUCCAAGGCAAAGCCGGCCCAACCUCAGCCCACUGACGAAAAGCAGGAACAAGAGAAAUCAAAGAGUCUUUCCCUCGAGGAGGCCGUGACUUCCAUUCAGCAGCUCUUCCAGCUCAGUGUUUCCAUCGCUUUCAACUUCCUAGGGACAGAGAACAUGAAGAAUGGGGACUACAUGGCAGCCUUUUCUUACUUCCAGAAAGCAGCAGACCGUGGCUACAGCAAAGCACAGUACAAUGUGGGCUUGUGUCACGAGCAUGGCAGGGGCACCCCCAGGGACCCCAGCAAGGCAGCCUUUUAUUACCAGUUGGCUGCCAGCCAGGGCCACAACCUGGCUCAGUACCGCUAUGCAAGGUGCCUGCUACAAGACCCAGGCUCCUCGUGGGACCCUGAGCGGCAGAGGGCAGUGUCCAUGCUGAAGCGGGCUGCAGACUCAGGCUUACGAGAGGCCCAAGCUUUCCUCGGGGUGCUUUUCACCAAGGAGCCCUACGUGGACGAGCGGAGAGCUGUGAAAUAUCUUUGGCUUGCAGCCAACAAUGGGGACUCACAGAGCAGAUACCACUUGGGAAUUUGCUAUGAGAAGGGCCUUGGGGUACAGAAGAGUCUGGGAGAGGCCAUGAGAUGCUACCAGCAGUCAGCAGCUCUGGGGAACACGGCUGCCCAGGAGAGGCUGCGGGCCCUCUUCUCCAUGGAGGCAGCAGGCCUUCACACUUCACUCAGCCCUAAAGAUGGAGCCUUCGAGUUCUCAGAGAGAUACCACAACUUGAAUCCCAAAGAAGAGGCCAGUUAUCCACCUGCCUCCCCAAAGAACCUUAAGUACCUGACCAGCACAGUCAAGAAGAGGGAAGUGUAUAAAGACCCAGGUUCUGGCCACAUCCCCUCGAAGCAGUGGCCUGACUCGCUGUGUUGUUUCCUCAACUGUAGACCAAGGGCAGCGGUGUCUGCCCUCCUACCCGCCAGGGCUGAGGUGGGACAUUUCACUGCGAAAGGACCUUGGUGCGCACUCAGGCCCCAGGAGGCAGAGUGAUGCCCUGUUUCCAUGGGUUUGUGAGUCAUUAGGCCAGGACUAGAAUCCUGCCUCUUGACCCCUGGCCCAGGGCUCUUUUGCACAGUUCUCACUGCAGUUUUAUGUGAAAGCCUUAUUAUUGUCCUGCCGACAGGAGGGAGAUUGAGUCCCAGGAGUCUUGGUACCAGAGAGUGUAGAUUUCGAGAUCCUCGUUUGUGAAAGGUUUGUGCCAGAAAUGGAUGGGAGUUUAAUAAAAGAGAUACUGGAGAUUA